AUGAAGACAAAGGCAAUCUCCGUCAGGACUACAUACGAGGCCAAUGGCUGCUUGCGCAAGGCAGUUGAUGCGAAGACCCGCAAGGAGUGCUUCGACAUUUUUGUCGAGCACCUUGAUGGUGUAGGCCACAAGAAGAAAAAGAAGAAAGAUAAAGACAAGGUGCCAUGUUUGCAACAUUUGCUCGUCCAUGACCUGACACACUAG